CUUCUUGGACAAAAAGUGGAUCCGUUCAUGAUACUCAAAAAACUAGCAGAAGCUCAGUGACUUGAUCCAAAGGCGCUGAAUAUCUACAGAAAUCCUGUGGACAGCCGGUAUAUUAUUGAAAGCGUGAUUCAAACCGUGAUGGACUCGAAAUAACCCACGUUUUUACAGUUUUGUGAUAUCCUUAGGAGCGUGGCUGAUUUUACAACCGUCGCAGCUGUGUUAGACGCCAUGCGUGCAAUAUAUGACGUCAUAUACGAGGUGCUAACUGGUGGCCCAGAAUCAUCACCCACAUUGGAUGAUGAAAAGUCGGUUUCGUUCGACGUGGUAUACUACAGUCUGGACACCGGCAAAAUUCGAUCUGUGGUCGAGUUGGAGAAACUGAGAAACACAGACAGCAAACGACACUCCAGGGACCUGCUAUCCUUCAAGAGGAAUUCAAGACUCUCUUUUCAGUCUCUCUCCAGUGAGGCGGUUAGUGUAUUUAGUGAAGGCUUUAUCAUAAACGGGUUGCCAAUGGUUACCAUAUUUGUGUCGGGUCACGCGCUGUGUCUGUUGAAGGCCAUAGCACUUGCCGACGUCCUAAGAGAACAUGACAGUAUUUUGGAACUCCACAUCGGGAAAACGCACAUUCGUGGCAUUGGCAUGUCACAUAUAAGCGCCGCCCUUGUGGAGAUUUACUCCGUGCGGGUUUUAGAUCUGCGAUUAAACAAUAUCGGGAACGAAGGCGCUGCACAUCUCUUCAAAGCGUUAACGUCUAACAAAAAGUUACGUCAAUUAAACCUGUCCUCUACGGGAAUCGACGCUGACGGCGUCAACUGUUUGGCGGACGCGUUACGUACAAAUGUAGGUCUGGAGGAUCUGGAUUUAAGCUUCCUUGACAUUGGCGACAGUGGAUGUGUGGCUUUAAGGGAUAUAUUGAAACAAAAUCGCUGUUUAAAGAAACUAUGUCUACGAAGUUCCAAUAUCGCUUGGAUGGGAUGUGGCCUUCUUCUAGAAGGUAUCGAAAUUGGGAAAGUGAUUUCAGAACUGGAUCUUAGUCGAAACUUUAUUAGCGAUGCCGGGGCCGACAUGUUACUUACUAACUUGAAGGACGAUUCUUCAUUUAGGGACCUUAACCUAGAGAAUUGUGGUAUAACUGUCUCCGGAUGUUCGAUUUUGUCUGAUGGCAUCUUAACGAACAAAUCGUUACGUCACUUAGAUCUAAGUGUGAAUUUCAUUGGGGACCAAGGAAUUGCGAAACUUUCCAAUGCUCUGGUCAGAAACAAACAUAUCAAAACUCUCGAUUUGAUCAUGUGCGGCAUAUCGAACGACGGCUUCUCUAAGUUGUUGGAUAUUUUAGAAAGCAACACAACACUAGCGCUGUUAAAGCUCUGCUAUAAUCGCCUUGGAAAGGAGCACGUCGACCCGGAAGCGACGUCAUACAACUUGAAGUACCGCAUUCGAAUCGUGACGUCAUCAAACCCGAAACUAAAACUUUUGCUGUGGAGGAACACAUUUGAUGAACCACAUUCCUCUAGUAGAGUUGCAGACAUAUCUAUGUGAUCUACGUGUGUGUAUGUGUGACCCGAAAAGACAACCGGCAUUCUUUUUUAUACCGUCAAUUCCUCUAUGACGAUACUUACUUGCCUUUCUAAACAAGUAAUAUAUUGCGGUCACUGUAAUGAGCCUGAUUUUGUACUAUUGUCUUUUAAAAUUGAUUCUCAUUGGUUAUUUUGAGUUUUUUAGUUAUCAGAUUGUUUGCAAUUGUAAUUUUUUUUUUAAAGUUCAGUAAUAGUACAUAGCGUUUUCGAUAAAGAGCUUUUUUCAGACACGAUUAUAUAAUAAGGGAUUAAUUAAAAAACGGCGUCUUAAUGCUAUAUAGUUAAUAUUUCAAACAAUCGUAUACUUGUCUAUGUCAAAUUGAUUUAUUUCGAUAUGAUACAAUUACUGGUAUCUUUCUGAAUAAUGUUGUCGUUGAUUUACGUUCAUGUACUUACGGAUUGACUGUUGCGAUUGUAUAGGGGUUUCAAUUUUUUAUUGGUGUAUAUUAACUAUCACACCUCUAUGCAUUUCUGUUUAAGUAUUCCCAUUUUAUGAUUAU